CACGGCUACAGCGCUUUUCUCAUUCACUUGUCCUGACAUAUUCCCCGUAACAUGGCUGCAUUGAUCAGGAGGAUUAUCGGCACAACGAAGGCUCCUGCUGCCAUCGGCCCGUACAGCCAAGCAGUGGUGGUGGAGAGGACGAUGUACAUCUCAGGACAGCUGGGGAUGGAUCCUGCCAGUGGGCAGUUGGUGGAAGGUGGCGUCCAGGCUCAGACCAGACAGGCUCUUGUAAAUAUGGGUGAAAUCCUUAAAGCUGCUGGGUGCGGUUACGAGAAUGUUGUCAAAACCACAGUGCUCUUAGCUGACAUGAACGACUUCACUAAUGUCAACGAUGUUUACAAGCAGUUCUUCAGCACUAACUACCCCGCCAGAGCUGCCUACCAGGUUGCUGCUCUUCCCCGAGGUGGACUGGUUGAGAUCGAAGCAGUUGCUGUUUUGGGCCCUCUGACCGAUGUUUAAUAACAAGAACAUCUGUCAAAGAAUAAAAACUGGAGAGCCAGUGAUCACUGAAAAAUA